AUGGCUGUUCAGACCAUCACAAUGCGGCGCCUAACCCAAAAAAAAGCAGAGACACGUCUUUCAGUGAUAUUGCUGGAUCAGGGCCUGUUUACAGUCUAUAAAAGAUUGUUCAUCACAACUUUUGCAUUAAAUGUUACUGCACUCAUUUUGGCUGCCACCGGCCAUUUUCCAUAUGCGGAAAAAGAAACAGUUUUAUUCUCAGUGGGCAACAUUUUAGCCCUGGUGCUGUGCAGAAGUGAAGUUUUUCUGAGGAUCCUAUUCUGGGUAGCCGUCAAAAUGCUGGGCAGGUCGUGGGUUCCAAUCCCACUCAAGACCGCCGCCACUUCUUUUCUUCAGUGCUUAGGAGGAAUCCACAGCGGUUGUGGGAUUUCGUCCAUUAUGUGGUUGAUUUACUCCCUCGUACAAAUUCUCCGCCACAGGGAAUCAACAAGUGGUGUUAUAAUUAGUGUUGCAGCCGCCAUUCUGGAGCUUCUGUUCAUAAGUUCGGCAGCGGCAUUUCCACUGGUCCGCCAUGUCCAUCACAACUUCUUCGAAGAAAUCCACCGUUUUGCAGGCUGGAUAGCCCUUGCAUUGCUCUGGGCUUUUGUCAUUCUCACUGCAUCAUACAAUCCAACAAAGCGGGCAUACAAAUUACGUUUCUUGGAUCUUGUAAAGAAACAAGAUUUCAUUUUUACAUUGCUCAUCACCUUGCUCAUAAUCUUUCCAUGGCUGACUGUCAGAAAGGUCGCUGUCCAGGUGUCGGCGCCAUCCGGACAAGCUAGUUUGAUAAAAUUUGGCGGCGGAGUAAAUCCCGGCUUGCUUGGCCAGAUUAGCAGAUCUCCUCUCUCAGAUCGGCACGCCUUCGGAAUAAUCUCCGACGGGAAAUAUGAGAACAUGAUGCUCGCGGGAGCAGUUGGUGAUUUUACCACAGAACUGGUUUCUGAUCCACCGAAAUUCUUGUAUACUCGCUAUAUUCAUUUUGCAGGAUUGCCUUAUCUAAUAAACAUGUAUGAGAAAGUGGUGGUGGUGGCUACAGGAUCCGGCAUUGGCGUUUUUCUGUCUUUCAUGCUGCAGUGCUCUCGUGCAGACGUGUAUUUUAUUUGGGUGGCGAAAGCCAUACAGAGAAAUUUUGGAGACGAGAUUGUUAGAAAGAUUGAAAGCUACCCUUCAGAAAAGAUGAUUGUUCAUGAUACGGCUGUUUCAGGGCACCCAAAUGUGGCGGAAUUGACAGUGAAAGCAGUGAGAGAUUGGAGCGCCCAAGUUGUUAUUGUGACAAGCAAUCCGAGGGGUAGUCGAGACGUUGUGAAGAAAUGCAGAAGAGAAGGGAUUCCAGCUUUUGGGCCAAUUUGGGACUCUUAAAAAGUUAAAUCCAUGUCUGUAAAUGAAGAUAUGUUUAUGAUGUCUGUGUGAGGACCGAACCAACGGCCAGGCAACUAGAUAAUGCAUGAAGAUCCCGCUUUUGG